GGCUUUGACGCCUUCCGAGGAAAGCAAGAGGAGGCCGUCCUGGCAGCGCUCGCCGGCAAGGACGUGUUGGUCAUCAUGCCCACUGGCGGCGGCAAAACCAUCUGCUACGUCAUCCCCGCGCUCGUGCAGCCGGGUGUGUGUAUCGUGGUGUCACCUCUGCUAGCCCUGAUGCAAGACCAGGUGGCCAACCUCACCCAGCGGGGGGUGCGGGCCGCUCAGCUCUCCUCCGCCCUCCCGGCAGCGCAGAGUCGUGUUUCCAACUCCGUUCGCAUGUGGCUGCUGCUAGUGCUGCUGGCUGCUGCACCUCCCCCCCUCCCUCCCACAUCCAGGUUCCGGAGCGUUCUUUCCCGGCUGCAUGCCCAGCGUUACCUGUCGCUGUUCGCUAUCGAUGAGUCCCACUGCAUCAGCACCUGGGGCCAUGACUUCCGACCUGCCUACCGCCGCCUUCAAACCCUCCGUCGUGACUUCCCCGGGGUGCCCAUCAUGGCGCUGACGGCGACUGCGGCGUCGCAGGUCCGGGAGGACAUUUGCGAGCAGUUGCGGCUGCACAAGCCGCUGCAGCUGCUGUCUAGCUUCAACAGACCCAACAUCAGCUACACAGUCAGCUCUGGUAGCUGCCCGCCUGACGAACUACCCACCAACUCACCCACCUACCCAGGUACCAAGAACAUCGUGUACUGCCAGAAACGUGAUACGUGCGAGGCGGUGGCGGGCAGGUUGUCCAGGGAGGGAUUGCCGGCGGCUGCAUACCACGGCCAAAUGCGGGACUCACUCAAGAAGGAGGUUCUGCGGCGGUGGCAGGCGGAUGAGGUGCCGGUGGUGGUGGCGACCAUCGCCUUUGGGAUGGGCAUAGACAAGGCGGGUGUACGGCUGGUGGUUCACUUCAAUCUUCCUCGUACACUAGAAGGUUUCUACCAGGAGGCUGGACGAGCAGGUCGAGAUGGGAGGCCCGCGGAGAGCGUCAUGUUCUAC